AUGUCUCGCAAGUCAUAAUUCGCAUAAAAGGGACAAGUAUCCGUGCUCGACUCAUUGUCAAGGAUUCUAUGUAGUGAGCAAUAUUUUAAAAUUGUUUCCUGGACCAACUCUGGUAGAGCCUUUAACAUUAAAGAUAAAACAAAGUUCAUUAAAGAAAUACUUCCAUUAUUAUUUGGGCAUUAGAACUUCCCUUCAUUCGUUCGUUAGAUGAAAGCACAUGGAUUCAAAUAGCUUAAAAGAAAAGAAGGUUUAUCAUUUUACCUGAAGGGCUUCUAAAAGAACAAACCUUACUAAGAUUUGCUGAGAGACUAAAGGGAUAGAGGCUACAGUUCGGAUGGAAGCUAUAUAUCAGGUUAGGAUCAAAAUGCUUAAAUGAUAGAUACAAGACUCUAUAAUAAUAAUAUUAAUUUAAGUGGAGCACAAAUGGAUGCUAAUACAUCCAACAUACACGUGGCACAUUAUCCCUUCAACAAUUCCAACCGCUAAUUGCCCGGCUGGGAGAUGAUUUAGCAACUUAUUAAGGAGAAUCAGAAGCGCAGUGAGGCUAUUGAGAAUAGUUUGAAAACUCUUGAGGAUGACAUUGACUCAUCAAUAUUUAAACACAAAGACAACAAAGACCUCACUAGAAAGGUUCACAUUCUCGAGAGAGCUAUGACAUUAUUAAAUAACAAAGGUAUCUAAAGCGAGGAAAUGAAAAAUUCAAAUAAUUUCAAACCUAAAUAAGAAACUGCAGCUCACUCCAAAAAGAAAUCUACUUUUUCGAGGCAAUCUGCUAAUCAAAGGUUCCUUGAUGAUUUUAACGUGUCUUCUGAGGAGUAGGAAGAGCUAAAGUAAAAAGAGACCUUCAACCAUAACAAUUAGCUUCACUCUCAAGUCUUAAAUAUCACUGAUAACCUAAUUUAUUAAUUAGCUAACUACAUGCAAGAUAAGGUUCUAACCGAAAAUCCUUAAGUUAAUUAAAUUGUGACCUAGGUAAAAUCUAAACAAAACUCAAAAGAAUUUAAGUCAUAUCAAACCUCAGAUAGUGAGGAGUCUUAUUCUUAUGAGCUAAUUAACCUUAAGAAGCCAGUGCAACAGGUCUUGAAGAAGAGAAAGGACACUGUGCCUACUCAACACAACACCUGUAUCCAUUCAAAUGAGGAGAGCUAAUCAAUUGACUCAAGUUUUAUUUGUGAUGAUCAUUUAAUCACAUCUAACCUCAAAAUUUCAUCAAAUAAUCUUUCAAGUUUUGCUAAUAACACCAAUACUAUGUUUGAGUUUCACGAGGAGUCCCUUCAAAGCUCACCAAACGAUGCAAUCUUUGGACAGGACUUCAACUGGAACAUGGGAGACGCCAUUUAUCCCAACGCUACCUCGUCUUUGCUCUUAGAAAAUGAGGAAAUGGACUUGGACAACAUUAUGCCAUUUAAUCCUGUACACUAGAGUCCCAUGAACUUUAAUCCUAAUCGAACUAAUGACAUAAACACGGCAGCUUAGCACCUUAAUUCCACUAGUAACAUAUAUUAUAACAAUAGUCAGUCUAAGUCCUUGUAUUAGAAUGACUUUAACUAGGAUUGUGAGAUGUAUAUGGACAACUUUGAUUCAUCAAACUUCCUUUUGCAGUCCCCACUUGAUCAAUAUUCACUUCAGUGA